AUGGCAGAGAAUGGCACUGUGGUGACGGAAUUUGUUCUAAUGGGAUUCCAGCUUCCGGCAGAGCUGCAGAUGGGCCUCUUCUUUGUGUUUCUGAUUCUUUACCUCCUCACCAUGGGGGGCAAUCUGGUCAUGAUCCUUCUGAUUCAUAGUGACCCUCACCUCCAGACUCCCAUGUACUUCUUCCUCAGCCACCUUUCUUUCUUGGACAUUUGCUAUUCCUCUGUAAUUAUCCCUCAGUUGCUUGAAACCUUAGGGACUGAUAAGACAGUCAUGACCUAUGAGCGCUGUGCCACCCAGUUCUUCUUUUUCACACUUUAUGCUAGCACUGAAUGUUUCCUUUUGGCUGUGAUGGCCUAUGACCGCUAUGUGGCUGUGUGUAACCCUCUCCUCUACGCCACUGCCAUGACACCACAGACCUGCCUGGGGCUGGUGGCUACGGCAUACGCUGGUGCAAUGGUCAAUUCUGUAGUCCGCACUGGGUGUACUUUCUCCUUAUCCUUCUGUAAGUCCAAUAACAUAGACUUCUUCUUUUGUGACCUGCCACCCCUGCUGAAGCUUACCUGUGGUGAGACCAAGCCACUGGAGCUAGUGAUAUACCUCUUAGCUUUUUUGGUCAUCACAAUCAGCAUUUCAGUGAUUCUCAUCUCCUACCUGUUCAUCAUUAGGGCUAUUAUGAGGAUUUGUACAGCAGGUGGCAAAGCCAAGACCUUCUCCACCUGUGCUUCUCAUAUGACUGCAGUGGCUCUUUUCUUUGGGACUCUCAUAUUCAUUUACCUGAAAAGUAACAUGGGCAAAUCCCUCUGGAAGGACAGGAUCAUUUCCGUAUUUUACACUGUGGUUAUCCCCAUGCUGAACCCAAUAGUCUACAGCCUCAGAAACAAGGAAGUGAAGGAGGCUCUGAACAAAGCUCUCAACAGGAUGAAGGUUUCCCAAGUAGAAUAAGACCCGAGUUCCAUCAAUUCAGAAGUUCCUGCAAAUCAUCCUCUGUGAUUUUGGCUCAUCUCCUUAACACAUGAACCAGAUCUCACAGUUACAAAAGGCAUACAGAAGUAGAAA